CGUGUCCCCGCUCGGCCGCCGUAGAGUCCUCGCGCGCUCGGCCUGCGGUUGCCAUGGCGGCGGCGGCGGGCUUUUCGGGGCGCUGAGGCGAGCGGGGAAGAGGCGUCGUCGUCGUCGUGUUCGCCAUGGAGGACGAGCUUUACCUGGAGAACAUCGACGAGUUCGUCACGGACCAGAACCGAGUCGUGACAUACAAAUGGCUGAGCUACACCCUAGGGGUUCACGUCAACCAAGCCAAGCAGAUGCUGUACGACUACGUGGAAAGAAAGCGGAAGGAGAAUUCAGGAGCCCAGCUGCACGUCGUCUACUUAGUGGCAGGAAACCUUGUGCAGAACGGCCACGUGCUGCACAAGGUCGCAGUAGUGAGAGAAGAUCAGCUAGAAGCUAUGAAGGCGAAGCUGUCCACUGUGGCCAGCGUGCACGUCUACAGCAUCCAGAAAGCCAUGCUGAAGGACAGCGGCCCGCUGUAUAACACGGACUAUGACAUCAUCAAGGCGAACCUACAGAACUGCAGCAAGUUCAGUGCUAUUCACUGCGCCGCUGCAGUUGCCCGGAUAGCAGCCGAAACGUCUCAGGCCGAGACUCCUGCGCAGGUGGAUUCCCAGCCAGCACGUGCCACGCAUGCCAGCAAAGCGCCUGUGGCCAAUGGCCACGCCCCGAGCACUGCCUCGAAACCUACCUCGCAGCAGGCCAAGGGUAUUAUGGGAAUGUUUGCCACGAAGUCCGUUGCCAAAUCCCAGGAAGCGCACAAGGAAGCCAAAACGGAGCCUAAAGAAACCCCCAGUGCCGCAGCUGCAAGCAGCAAGCCAGUCGCCAAAGGAAAUGUGCUGAACAACUUCUUUGAAAAAGCUGCCAUGAAUAAGGACGGCAAAACCAACGCUAAACCUGAAGAGCCGAAGGAAGAAAAAGCAGGAGCCAAGCCUCCCGUUUCUGCGGCGGAACCCAAAUCUCCUCCUGAGUCAGCCGGGCCUAAGAAACCAGGCAGGAAAGCCGAGGCUACCAAAGUCCAGCAGAAGGACAAGAAAAGAGCAAAGAGGGCAGAGAUGUCAGACGAAGAGGAGGAGGACCAAGGCCUGAAGAAGAAGAGGCGUCGGGUUAAGCGCCCUCCUUCUGAGAGCAGUGAAGAUGAGGAUGUUCCUGCAUCAUCCGUAACCCCUGAAGCAAAAGAACUUUCUCCUGAGCCAGUCCUGAAGGCGCAAACGGACCUUGUAUCCAUGGAGGCUUCCGCAGGAGGGAAGAAGCGGAAACGGAAGCGGGUGCUAAAGUCCAAAACCUUUGUCGACGAGGAAGGCUGUAUAGUCACAGAAAAAGUGUACGAGAGCGAGUCCUGCACAGACAGCGAAGAGGACUUCCGGCCCAAGCCCCCCGCGGCCCACAAGCCCCCUGCCGGGACCGUGAAGAGAGAGCCCAGAGAGGAGAAGAAAGGCGCAAGGAAGGGGGCGGCUGCAGGCAAGGCCAGCAAGCAAGCGUCAAUCACAGGCUUUUUCCAGAAGAAAUAAGGCAGCGCCAGAACCAAUCGCCGCCUUUUGUGACGCAGGGAUUUCCACAGGAGCAGCGGCUGGAACUUUAACCACCCGUGGAAAGCAAACUGCGCAGAGAGCAGCACUGGAGGCGACAGGAGGGUUUCGGUUUUGAAUACGUAACCUUACGUGACGGCCGUUUACACUUUUUGUUAACAGCCAGCCUUUGAGCUCCCCCCCCCCCCAACCCCUCGGCUGGCUCCAAAACUCUCUUCCCUUUAGCUCGUCACUACCAACUCUUCCCCCCACCCCCCUCUUCUUUUGCAUCUGGGAAUGGUUCUUCCUGGUCAACUUUGCUUUGGAGGCAGUUUUGCAGGUACUUCUGGGGCGGAGCUUCUCCCGGGGGGAGACCCAAGAUUCAGAUCUGCCGAGCGGAGUAAAGGGGGAUCCACACACCAGCCGCAGAAAUUCUGAAUGGCGCUUCGCCGUAGGAUCGCCUUCUUCACGACCUCUUUAGGAGGGGGGAUUUUCAGGUCUCCUUGAGAGCUGAAAGACCCAAAUCACCAUCGGGAGUCACAAUUUCACAGUAAAACCUGCCUCCUUUAAAAGAAGUUGUGUGUUUAUGUGUGCGUAGGUGCAGUUGGGAGAGGCGGCCGAUCAGUUUUGCCUUAAUUUCUGCCGAUUUCAAUUGUAAUGGGGGUUUACAUUAGUGUCUAUUCUAGCAUCUGUGGGGGUCAGUCAAUGCCAAACACAGCCGACGGAACCCAGUAUAUCUUAGGGGUUUUUUUUUACCCCUAGCGUUGUGAACGCUGCAGGGAAGGUACCAGCUUUAUAAGCCACGUUCAAAGUAUUAUGGACUCCCAAACCGACAGAGUCUGCAUCUGCUGUGAUGUGGGCCCAAAGAUCACCUGUCUGUAAGGAGGAAGAUCCUUUCGUCCCAAAACAGCCAUCCUCUUCUGAGGGUUGGUGCUGCGACAAGCCAGGUGGUUCCUCCACCACUACGAUAAAUUUGGUGGAGAUCAGAAAGCACACCUGUUCUCUUGUCCGCGGCAUCAGAAGGCAGGCGAGCUUAGCUCAAGCUCCCCCUGCUCCCCUGCUGAAUCUCGUGUCCCCCGAGGUCGGAAUGGGACGGUCAGGACUGCCCAGUAGUGUUCAAGAGGUUAGCAUCGACCCACUGGAGAUGACCCACAACCUUUCGGUCCCGGGUGAAUUGCUACAAGACAGAAGGGAAGAAAGGGCUGCCUUUGUGUUCAAAUUCCAGCAGUGCAGAAAUACACGUUUUUGUUCCGAGGUGUGGGACUGCCAGUAUUGCUUCUCCAGUCGAUUGGAGUCUGCCUACAACAGUUCUUUUUAAAAUAUAUAUAUAUACUUUUUAUUCAAUACAGCAGUUCCAGAGGCUGCCCAGAACAAAUGGUUUGGCCUUUGGACUCUGAGCCCCCCCGCCCCGCCCCCCAUGUAAUGAACAGCCCCACGGGAGAUGUGAUUUGGCAUCAACUGCAGAGUUCAACAUAACCACUGAGAAAGACUUUGUUUCCUCAUGACAGUGUUGUUUGGGGGGUUUUAUUUAUUCACCUCUGUUUUGUUUUUAUGAAUAAGGAAUACGAGCCGGAGGCUGGGAAUCCUUGACUUGCCUUUUUCUAAGUAUUCUGCCUUUCUGAUCAUUAAAAUUAACACUUCCAUUUUUUUCCUCCUUUUAUGUGUUCAGAUUUUUGUCCGGGGGGUGGGGGCGCAAAAAAGAAACAUUAAAUAAAAAGACAAUAUUCUCUUUUGA